GAACGUCACAGGUCAGAGGCGGGGUCAGCAGGGGACAAGAUGGCGCUGAACAGGCAUCACUCGCAGGAGGGUGGUGUCGUCAUCCCCAAUGCCGAGAGUGUUCUCAAACAUUGUAAAGAUGUGGAGCUCUCCUUCAGUGACGUGACGGGCAAGCCUGAAGCCUUCAGAGGCACCAAGAAGGGGAUGCUUUAUCUCACCCCGUACAGAAUGAUCUUUGUGUCGAAGGGGAAGGAUCCUAUGCUGUCUUUCAUGAUGCCGUUUUAUUUGGUGAAAGGAUGCUCAAUUGAGCAGCCUGUUUUCUCUGCCAAUUACAUCAAAGGACAGAUCCAGGCUGAGGCUGGAGGUGGCUGGGAAGGGCAGGGGACAUUUAAACUGACUUUCAACAGUGGAGGGGCCAUUGAGUUUGGACAGCUGAUGCUCAAAGCUGCCUCUAGUGCUUCCAGUGGUGUUCCUCUCCAGAACCCUGGCUAUGGCUAUACACCUUUUCCUGGAGGAUAUGCACCCACCCCACCUGCUCCUGAGGGCUAUGCAGCUCCUCCACCACCAAACGGACCAUAUCCUUAUGCACCACCUCCGAUGAAUGCCUAUGGACCUGCUCCACAGCCCAUGGGAUAUCCGUAUGCCCAGACUCCAGGUAUUUACCCACCGCUUCCCAACAUGAGCCCCAUGUUUGUGCCACCUCCUCUUCCCCCCUACUCUGGGCCAUCUGCAGGACCUGCAGCAUCAGUGGGCCCAGGGAUGCCAGGGGACAGUAGGGCCAUGGAAGCCACUUCCAGUGCUUAUUACAACUCUGCCAACCCACACAAUGUAUACAUGCCUGUGGACCAGCCACCUCCUUAUACACCUCCUGAGGAUAAGAAGAACAACUAACAGAAGGAAAUUGCAACCAGCCUCCUGCACUCUCUGUCUCCGAAGACAGCUUGGCUGUCCCUACCCCCUGGGUUAGCAUAUCUCUAGGUCUCUGUGUAUACACAGUAUAUGUCAUGGUGGGCAGCUGAGCACCUGCCCUUAAACAGUCAGUGGUAAUGCAAAGUGGAACAACAGCAUUUUCCUUCUUAUUUGCUUUAUUUCAUGGGGUUGAAGCACUAACCUUUUGCUCUGCCAUUGGCUUGAGGAGAGAGAUGGACUUCAUGUUAAACCACCACUAUACCACACCACUAAUCUAGGACUAAAAUAUGAAGGUUCUGGGAUCUUGGAGUAAAACUAUUUGGAAUGCCAAACUUUUUACUUCUUCUAAAGCAUCAUCCGAGACGAAAGGUAUAGAGAGCCAUGAGGUUCCUUGCAUAGACUCUUGGGUGCCCCAGAAAGGUGUUAGGUUCCCUGAAAUUCUGGCACAGUUCAGCACGAGAUGGGACUCUGGACAUUCUGUAUUGUGCUGGAAGCGUGUUUCAUGUCCUGGACUAACAGACAUGGGGUGACAAACUUGGGAAGUGCAUCCAGAGAGACACUGAAGCAUUUGGCUAUGCAAGAGGGAAGGGGGUGGGCCCCACUCAGCCUGUCCUUGUGGACACUGAACAGAAAAGCAGACAAAGGCGUGCUGCAGGGCAGUGAGCUGACAGACUGGAGGUAUGGAUCAGUCUUCCUUCCCCUCUCCUAGAAGCAGGUCCCGCGUCUGUGCAGUGAUCCUGUGCCACGUGAUGGAGGAGACAAGUGCUGCACAGGAGGCUGCUUGCCUUGGAGUAAAAUCUGUUACGUUAGGAAGAUGACCCGGGACUAGCCUUGUCAGGAGAUGGGUCCCACAGCUCCCUGUGCUGAGCAAGCUCGUGCUGUGUGCUGGCUCCACACGGGGAAGUGGGCCUUGUCUUCAGCCACCGCAUCCAAGCACUGCAGUACUGGAGCUGGGAUGCUUGGGGGUGCAGUGCCCUCUCUCUGGUGGGAACUGCUGCCUGGUACGGGUGUUACUGAUGCUCAGCUCUCUUGCAGGGACUGGCUGCUCAACCACAACCUUUCCUUCUUCCCUAGGACAUAGUGCCAUUAAACCUGCUCUGAAGAGAGUCCCCCUAGUCUGGUGGAGACACUUGUGAUCCUUUACAUAGGGAGUGAUCAUGCUUCUUCCUACAGCCUUCCUACCUUCACAGUGAAGGGGAAGGCAUAUUUUCCUCCUUACUUCCCUGUGUGCCAGGGCUCUCCUGUAAAUCAGGCUUGUAUGACUUGUAAGUGAAAAUUCUUAAAGCAGCCCUGCAUAGUGGGAAGGAAAUUUCCUUAUCUAUAAAUACCUUUUAGGUCUGAGUUAGAGAUAUUCUAAUAAUUUAAAAAGAAGAAAAAAAUCAAUUAUGAAUGUUUGUAACCUUUUGCAUUGCACUUUAAUACAGGAGUGUUGAUACCUUUA